AUGAAUAAACUAGCAAAUAUGCGGCACUGGUCCGAGAGGAUGAGUCCUAACUUUGGUAUGGGUGGCCGACCCAACAUGCCCGGUAAUCCCAUGAACGCCCAUCCCAAAAAUGCGCCUCAGACUGGCCCUGCUCUCGCCAACCCGCAGGCUGCCGACGCCACCAUCACCUACUCUUUCAACGUCCCCUUCUCGUCCGACCUUGCCGGCCCCAACACCGAGGAUAUCCUGCAUUCUACUGCCGAUGCCGUCAUCCGAUGGACGCACCCCGAGGAUGCUCCCGACGAUGUUCAGGUUCACGAGCUUCCUGUUCACACCCAGAACCUCAACAACCUGCAUCGCUUGUGUAGAGACCUCUCCAGUGGCCCUCUCCCCAUUGAGGCCCAGGUCAUCUCGACUGCUCCCAAGAACGGCAGAGCCCAGCAAAUCACCACCGUCUGCCUUUCCGGCUCUCCCGAGCUUGUCAACAAGAGUCGCGAAACCAUUCUCAACGAGAUUCCCAUCGCCUUGCGCUGCACCAUCAUCGACAUAGACGGCAAGCUUGUCUGUGACUUGAACGCCGGCGUUCUGAAGAAGCCCGUCAUCGAAACCCUCGAUUACAUCUCCAACUUCUGCGGCGUCGACAUCUUCCUGCUCGGCCCCAAGCUCACCCCUAUGGUCGAUGGUGUCUCCGGGGAUUCCGAGAUGCGCAUGGAUCAAAGAUGGAGAAUCGCCAUUUAUGGCGAUAUUCUGUCUUCGGAGCAUGCCAAGGCUCGUGCCCUCAUCCACAUUGAUACCUUGCUUGGCCGUAUUGUCGAUGCCACCCGAGUCGAACUUUCACUGCACCAGCUUGUUUGCGGCCGCCAUCGUAAGAACAUCAAGCUCAUCGAGUCCUCCACCGGAACCGCCAUCUACUUCCCGCCGCUCUUCUCGCAGAUGUACCGUUACUGCCCUCCCAAUGCCAACCGACGUGACCCGGCCGACAUUUACAUUACUGGUGAAUCCCAUCAAGCCAUUGAACUUGCCAAGCAGAAGCUGCACGAAACCGUCUCUCGUAUUCGCCUCUACGUCAAGGAUGUCAACAUCCCUGCGGCCAAGAUUGACACCAUCCUUCUCGACCGCCUAGACAAGGUUCGCAAGGUUCUUGAGGCUAACGGCACUUACAUCAUGUUCCCUCCCCUGGCCUGUCAGCGCACCAUGGUCCGUGUCCAGGGCAGCGAGGGCUUGCCUGUUGAGCGCACCGUUCGCGAGCUCAUGUCCCUUGCCGGCCAGUUUUACUCGGCCGCUUGGUUCAUGCAGCAGCCCGAUGCUCGACAGCUCCCUGGCCCUGCAGAUACGCAAGCCAUGCUUGGCGAGAUCUGUGCCAACUCGGAUGCCGACGUUUCCUUUGACAAGAUGUCUUUCACGCUCACUGGCUCGGACGACGCAGUCAAAGCUGCUCUAACCGUCAUCUCCGACUUCAAGUUUGUCUCGCAACCUCAGUACCAGAUACGAGUCAAGAUUGAGCUGGCAAACGAACACAAAGAAUUCGUCAGCGGCAAGAAGAAUGGCAAGAUUAACAAAAUCAUGGGACAGAGCAAUGUGCAGAUCAUCUUUGAUGGUUUCAACGAGUACAACUUCAACAUUGACGUCAUGGCUGCCAGUUACGAGUCGCUGAAGCAGGGACUGACCCUCGUGGAACAGGAAAUGCCGGCAUCUAUCUCGUUUCACGUUCCCGACCAAUACCAUAAGCGAAUCAUCGGCAUAGGUGGUCAGCACAUCCAGCGUAUCAUGAAGAAGCACUCUGUCUUUGUUAAGUUCUCCAACGCCAUGGACCGAGGCGGCAUGGGUCGCGAAGAUGAUGAUCUCAAGGUUGACAAUGUCAUCUGCCGCACCCCUGCUCGAAAUGCUCAAAACUUGGAUGCCGUCAAGAACGAGAUCUUGGAGAUGGUCGACCGAGCAGAUUCCGAGUACACGUCCCAAAUUGUCAAUGUGGAUCGCCUCUACCAUCGCGAGCUGAUUGCCCGUCUUUCCGAAAUCGAUGAGCUUGAGCAAAAGUUCAACUGCAAGAUCAGCUUUCCCAGCACUGAGCAGGCUAGCGACGAAGUCACCGUCACCGGUCCCCAGUGGCAGGUACCACACUGCGUUGAUGAGUUCCUCGGCAUGGUUCCCGACAAGCACGACUAUGUUUUCGCUCGCAGCCCUGAGCUUGUCAAGUUCCUCGAGUCUCCCGAUUUUGUCCAUGAUUUGGUCCCAAAAUUGAAGAGCCAGUAUGAGGUCGCUGUUACUGUUCAUCAGAACCCAGAGGAACUCACAGAGGACGGGAAGCCUACCGUGACACUGAUCUGGGGCUUCACUCGCAACAAUGCUGGCGGUCUUCGUGAUGCUGUCGACUUUCUGGAGGCACAGUUUGCCACUGCUGCAGUGGACGCCACCGUCGUCAAGGGCUUCAUCCCUCGACCCAAGUCCGACUCCUUCGAGGAUUCCCUGCAAUACUUUGACUCCAAGCUUUUGCAGCAUGCCCCGUCCUCGGUUGGCAGUGAAACGCCCACCAAAACUGGCUUCGGUGCCGAGAUUAUUCGUGAACGUAGUAGCAUUCUGGAUCGCCUUCGCAAGCCUGGCAGCAUGUCGUCUCUCUCUUCCUUCUUGGACCGCAGGAAGAACAGCUCUCAUUCGGCCAAUGGUAGCUUUUUCAAGGGUUCCAGCAAUGUCUCCAAGUCCUCGCUCAUCUCGAUUGAGUCCACGCGCAGCUUCAACGCUGAUCGAAACCCCUGGAACGACAGCGGCGUCAACCUUGUGGACGAGGAGAACCCCUGGGGCGUUCGUCUUCUCGGCCCUGUCGACGCCGGCGCCAAACUUGCCAUCCCCCACGGUGGCGAUAUCACUCCCAGACACGGCACCCGCGCAUCUGGCGAUAGCGGCCGCCCGUCUACUUCCCAUUCUCUCAAUUCUGGAUACCCCGCCCCUAGUGGGCACUUUCGUUAG